UUCUCCUCGCUUCCACCAUAACACUCACCAACCAAAACUCUUUAGCUUUGUCUCUCCAAACUCUCAUAAAGGAGCCGCAGCUAUGGGCAAGGACAUUGAAGUUGGAGGCGAAUUCAUUGCCAAGGACUAUCAUGACCCUCCACCAGCACCAUUGAUUGAUGCCGAGGAGCUCACCCAGUGGUCUUUGUAUAGGGCUAUCAUUGCCGAGUUCAUUGCCACGCUCUUGUUUCUCUACAUCACUGUGUUGACUGUGAUAGGUUACAAGAGCCAGACCGACACGACCAAGAACAGUGAUGGAUGUGGUGGGGUUGGCAUUCUUGGCAUCGCUUGGGCCUUUGGUGGCAUGAUCUUUGUUCUUGUCUACUGCACUGCUGGUAUCUCAGGUGGACACAUUAACCCGGCUGUGACUUUCGGUUUGUUCUUGGCUAGGAAGGUGUCCCUGGUGCGUGCCAUUCUAUACAUGGUGGCUCAGUGCCUGGGGGCCAUAUGUGGAUGUGGACUCGUGAAAGCUUUCCAAAAGUCGUAUUACACAAACUACGGUGGUGGAGCCAAUGAACUUGCUACUGGAUUCAGCAAGGGCACUGGAUUAGGUGCUGAGAUCAUCGGUACCUUUGUUCUCGUCUACACUGUCUUCUCUGCUACUGACCCAAAGAGGAACGCAAGGGACUCCCAUGUUCCUGUGUUGGCACCACUUCCCAUCGGAUUUGCUGUCUUCAUGGUUCACCUGGCCACUAUUCCAAUCACUGGAACUGGUAUCAACCCAGCUAGGAGCUUUGGAGCUGCAGUGAUAUACAACAAAGACAAGGCAUGGGAUGACCAUUGGAUCUUCUGGGUCGGGCCUUUCAUUGGGGCCGCAAUUGCUGCAUUGUAUCACCAAUACGUCCUGAGAGCAGCAGCUGUUAAAGCCCUUGGGUCCUUCAGGAGCUCUUCCAACAUUUAAUAUUAAAGACCGUAUAAUAUAUGGUCACUGAAAUACUUCCAUCAAGUUAUUGAAUGGUGUAACGCAAAGAUUUAAGUAGUCCAAAAGGGCUUGGAACUGGGGAAUGUGUACAUUAUGCAGUCGUUGUCAAGAUGUCUAUAUUGGGUCACGGUCGUGUGCGUAUUGGGCACUUGUUUUGUUUGUGCUCGAACGUUUUCAUCUUGUCUGUCUUUUAAUUUCUCCCUAUCUCAUAAUCAACUGGUGCUGCAUCUUGCUUGUCUUA